CCGAUCAAUGGCGACACGAAGCGACACCGCCCGAAUAUCGUUCAACAGCACCAAAACGCUAGAUUCUCGCUUUAUUUUAUGGUGUAGCGUGAAGUGAUACGACAAUGAUUGCUGUAUUAAGUGAAAAUUAGUGAAAAAUCCCUGAAAAACAAUGGAAACUGUGAAUGUGAAGCAGGAAUUGGAGAUGGACGAGACGUCCGAGUCGGUGAUGUGGUACCAAAUAGAUGAGAAACCUAAAAUUGAUAAAGUUGAGACUGUUGAGGCUCAAUUGCCAACUGGACAAGAGGUGAGAGUCGUCAGUGCUUCAGUUGUGGCGCAACUUCAGGCGCAAGGACUACAGGGGAAUGACUUGAAUGCGGCUAUAAUGGCGGCGUCACAGCCACAAUCCUCAGUUCAGUCGCAAGCGCAGCAGGCGCAGGCCGCACAAGUGGCCCAGGUGCAGCAGCAUGCGCAGAAUCAGCCGCACGUGCAGGUACAGAGUCAGUCUGGACAGCAGCAGCCACAGGUGAUAACGCUGCAGCAACUGCAGAACUACCUUCCGCAGCAAGUGCAGGCGAUGUCUUCGGCUGACGGCAGCGCGGCAACGACAACGUCUGGAACGCCUAUCAAGACCUUCGUGACAUCGCCGCAGGUUCAGCCGCAAGUGAUAAAUCUACAAGGAUUGCCACAGCAGUUUAUCCAAGGUGGUCAACUGGUGCAGAAUCCCUCGAAUGGAAUGUUCCAAGUGGUGCAGCCAAUGCAGACUCUUACUGUUGACGGUCAGGAGGCUCUGUUUAUACCCAAUAUGGCAAAUUCGCAAUUUGGCGGUGCUCAAGCAGUCCAGAUAAAUGGUCAACAGGCUCUUCUCACGCCUUCAGGUCAAAUUAUUCGGGCACCAACAACCAAUGUUCUGCCCACAAAUAUACUGCAGAACAUGUCUCAACCGAUGCAACUUCCUUCCGCUGGUGGACAAGCUACACUAACAAUUCCGGGAACAAAUAUAACAAUACCAUUAGGGAAUCACACAGCGGCAAAUAGUGCCGGCGCCACGAGUCAGCAGCAACAGCAGCAAUUGGGUGGUCAACAGCCACAGCAGCAGCAACAGCAGCAGUCUGCCCAGCAGCAGAGUCAGCAGAGCCAGCAAGCUCAGGCGCAGCAGCAGAACAGUGCGAGGCAGCAGGCUCAGGGCCAGACGCAACAGUCAGCGACAACGUCCCAGGCGCAGCAGCAACAGCAGCAGCAGCAAACAAUAAUUACCAUACCAGGCACUAACAUUCAAAUCCCCACGUCUGCUGCUACGGCUGGCGGGCUGAUGCAAGGUCAAAAUGUUCAGGUUCGACCGGCCGGAGGACUUCCGCAGGUCGUACAAUUUCCCACCAUGACGCAAACCAUCCCGGUUCAGGUGCCAAUAUCCACGGCAAAUGGACAGACGGUUUAUCAGACAGUGCAUGUGCCCGUUCAGUCGUUCGUCACGUCGAUGCCUGGACUCGUGCAGCCGCAAAUGCAGAUCAUUCCGCAGUUGACGCAAGUGGCGAAUAUCAUCACGCCAAAUGGGCAGAUUCAGCAGAUUCACUUGGCAGCGCCCAUGAAUCCGCUGUCAGGGCUGCAGACCAGUCAGGCCGGCGCCCCGCCGCAGAAUGUGAUCGUGCAACAAGCUACGCCCAACAUCGCCGCCGUGUCCAAUUCUCAGGUGCCAUCUGUGCCAACUUCGGGCGUUCAGAGCGUGAGUGGUCACGAUGCGUCGUUGGGACAGCAGCAGAUCACCAUAACGAAUCCGCAGGGACAGCAGCAGCAGAUCACGGUAAUACCCACUCAGCCUAUGCAGCAGGUGCGUCAGAAUGGUGGAAUUAUCCAGCUGCCCAAUUAUCCUGUGCAGCAUAUCCCUGGCAUUGGAAAUGUGCAGGUGAUUCCGGCGAGUGCUCUCAACAAUGGCAAUGCCAAUGUGUUGACACCAAUGCAGGCUACGCCGACUUCUCAUCCGCAAACCUUCGCCUUGGCACCGCAGCUGAAGCUGGAGCAGCAGCUGAAGCUCGAGCAGCCGCAGAUCAAGCUGGAUGCGCAGCAGAGCGCGGCCGGCGGCGGCGGUGGGGGCGACGUGAAGUGGCUGAUCUCCAAUGCGCCGGUAACGACGCACGCGGGUAUUGCGCCGGUGGCGCAGCAGUUGACGGAGAUUCAGCAGAGUCCGGGAAACGUGGGCACGCUGGUAUCGGCGACGGCGGGCGCGGCGAGUACCACGAGCAUCAACAGCGCCCCCGUAAGCGUCAACAUCAAGGUGAUGGAGGGCACGGAGGUGCCCAAGCCGCGCGUGCGCCGCGUGGCGUGCACGUGCCCCAACUGCACCGAAGGUGAACGUCAUGCGGACAGGAAGAAGCAGCACAUCUGCCACAUUCCCGGCUGCAACAAGGUGUACGGCAAGACGUCACAUCUGCGAGCGCAUCUCCGAUGGCACACUGGCGAGCGCCCCUUCGUGUGCUCUUGGCUCCACUGCAGCAAGCGCUUCACGCGUUCCGAUGAGCUGCAACGCCACAGACGAACGCACACGGGUGAGAAACGCUUCGAGUGCACAGAAUGCAACAAGAAGUUUAUGCGCAGUGAUCACCUGUCCAAGCACAUCAGGACGCACAUCAAGGCGCGGCACAGCAUGGGUCUGUUUGACGAAAACGACGAACUGAAGCCCUUCAAUGGAAUGAAGGACGUGUCCGCGAUGCCGCAGGAGAUUUACCUGAAGGAGCAUCAGGAGGAGUUCGACGAGUCCAAGGCGGACGGCGACGAGCCGGAGAAGAGUGAGGUGAUUAUGACAUUGAUGAUUCCGCGAUCAGACGAGGAGAAUGCCGCAGAGGAGGACGGAGGAAACAUGUGGACGACUUCUGGCCACUCAUCCUCACCCUUGCCGCCGACUGCGACCAAAGUCUUUGACGAAGCUGUGGCGUCCACACAAUCAGCCUCUUCGGACAGCAACGACAGUUCAGACGAGAAGAUGAUGAUCUUGGGCGAUGAUGGACUCGAUGUGUGUGAGAACAGUAACUAGCAUUCGGACAGCCUGCACCAAAUGCAAUUCACGUCUUUUGCGGGGCGAUUUUCAUUUGGGCAGCUCUAAAAUAUUGUACAAAAAAAAAAACACAAACCAUCAUUCAAACGGCGAAAGUGUACAAUAUAUUCCUAAGCCACUAGAAAGUGUAAGUGAAGAGAGAAUGAUAGUUAGAAAUAGCGCGUCAUAUGUGAGAAGAAUCGCAUGAUUGAAUAGACAAAAUGUUACAAAAGAGAGAAGUAUU